CGUUUCAACAAGACAAACCUUGCUUGACUUAUCUAAGGCUUUUGUUGAUUUCUCUUUUAUAUCACGUCAAAUUUGCAUCCACAUUUGUUGAGUUGUGUGGCAAACAUUUCCAAACAGUCCUCUCAUUACAGUUGAGAAUGUUGUCAAAUGCUAAAUUACAAAGUUUAGCAUAAAUAAAUGUCUUGCAUUUAAAUUUAAUUUUAAAGUUUUUUUUGCCUUUCUUCUCCUUUUCAUAUGUGCUCCUAUGAAUUUAAAUACAGAAUCUACUUUACUUCCUGCAAAUUUAUUACUGUGAAUCCCUGAUUAAAAGCAUCCCAAUUUUGGCUACUUGCAAGUUAUGGUAAUAAUUUCACCUUUUCUUGAGGUUCCAUUUUUCUCAAUUAAAAAAAAAUACUUGUGAUACUAUUUAUGAGAAAAAAGUUUAUAACUUGAAAAUAUUUCUCUGCUUCUGAUUGAAUUUUUAAGUAAUUUAAUAAAAAUAAAUGUUUGCUUCAUGUUGUUUAUUCUUCUUGUCCAGUAAUUUAAACUUUAUGCAUUUGUUGGAUAUUCUCAACCACGUGCUUUUCUGCUAUCAUUAACUCAAAUUAAACAAAUUGUUCUUGAUUUUUGCAAAUCAAAAGUGGGUUUUUAUGGGGUUUUAGUGAUUUGUGCAACUUUAUUGUGCAGGGAAGUGGAUUGUUUUUAUGCUAAUCCACCAUGAUUUUUAGGGUUCUUGGGUUUUUGCUAAUUUUUAGAUUAUUAGUAUUGCAAAAUGGGAUAUUAUCUGCAACUGGGGUUGAUUCAAAUCCUUCAACAAGACCUAAAUUUGUCAACAUUGGAGCAAUAAUGUCCUUCAAUUCCACAAUUGGUAAGGUUGCAAAACUUGCAAUUCAAGCAGCCAUUGAUGAUGUAAAUUCCUCCCCACAUGUUCUUCAGGGAACCAAGCUUAACAUCUCAAUACAGGAUAGCCAUCACAAUGGGUUUCUUGGAGCUGUUGAGGCAAUGACCAUUAUAGAGAGUGGUGUAGUGGCAAUAAUAGGUCCACAGUCAUCUGUGAUAGCUCAUGUAGUUUCUCAGGUUGCAAAGGGACUCCAAGUCCCUUUGCUGUCAUUUGCAGCAACUGACCCAACCCUUUCCUCCCUUGAGUAUCCUUUCCUUGUUAGGACAAGCCAAAAUGAUCUUUUCCAAAUGGCCGCGAUAGCAGACAUUCUGACUUACUAUGAAUGGCGGGAAGUAACCGCCAUUUACACUGAUGAUGAUUAUGGUAGGAAUGGGAUUGCUGCUUUAGGAGAUAAGUUGGCUGAGAGACGAUGUACAAUAAGCUAUAAAGCUCGUAUGAACCCUGAGCUUAACCGAGAGGACAUAAGGAAUGUUCUGUUUCAGGUUUCCUUACAAGAAUCUAGGAUCAUUAUUCUUCAUACUUACAAUAACUAUGGCUUAGAGGUGCUUGAGAUUGCUCGCUCUCUUCAUAUGUUGGAUAGAGGGUAUGUUUGGAUUGCUACAAAUUGGCUUAGUGAUGUUAUAGACACGGAUUCCCCUCCUUCUCCGGUUGCACUUAAUAAUGUCCAAGGUCUACUAACCCUUCGUGUUCACACUCCCAACUCACAGCUCAAGAAAAAGUUUGUUUCUCGGUGGGCAGAUUUGGUUAGGAGAGAAAAUGUUGGCUCAUUUGGGUUGAAUACUUAUGGUCUUUAUGCCUAUGAUACUAUUUGGAUCCUUGCCCGUGCCUUAGAUGCAUACUUUCAUCAAGGAGGAAAUAUAUCAUUCUCUAAUAACUCUUUGUUAAGUCAGUUGAAAGACAAAAACUUGCACCUUGAAGAAAUGAACACCUUUGAUGGUGGAGAACUCUUGCUCUCCAACAUAUGGCAAGUCAGAAUGAAUGGUUUAACAGGCCGUGUUCAAUAUGACUCGGAUAGGAACUUGAUUAAUCCUGCCUUUGAUAUCAUCAACGUGGUCGGUACUGGUCAUAAUACUAUAGGAUACUGGUCUAACUCUUCGGGUUUAUCAUCAAGGCCACCAGAAUCUUUACACUCUAUAACACCUAAUCAGUCAAUUUCAAGUCAAAAGCUGUCCGUUGUAAUCUGGCCAGGGCAUACCAUAGAGAAGCCUCGUGGAUGGGUAUUCCCUAACAACGGGAAUCAUCUAAGAAUUGGAGUUCCAUGGCGUGUAGGUUACGAAGAAUUCAUUUCAUAUUCAACAAGCACCGAUACAUUCUCUGGAUACUGCAUUGAUGUGUUCAUUUCUGCUGUUAAUUUGCUUCCAUAUGCCGUUCCUUAUAGGUUGAUUCCCUUUGGGAAUGGGAAAAAUAACCCGAACAUCAAUGAGCUUAUUGAGAAAAUUAACACAGGAGUAUUUGAUGCAGUUGUUGGUGACGUUUCAAUUACUACUGAUAGAACAAAAUAUGCAGAUUUUACACAACCUUAUAUUGAGUCAGGUCUAGUUAUUGUAGCCCCUGUUAAGACCACGGAAUCUAAUGCCUGGGCUUUCUUGAGACCUUUCACUCCAAUGAUGUGGUUUGUUACUGGUGCAUCUUUCAUCGUUGUGGGAGCUGUAGUUUGGAUUCUUGAGCAUCGGUUUAAUGAUGAAUUCCGCGGUCCACCCAGAAAGCAAGUUGCAACCAUGUUAUGGUUCAGCUGUUCAACUUGGUUCUUUGCUCAUAGGGAGAAUACAGUGAGCACAUUAGGGCGGCUUGUGCUAAUUAUAUGGCUGUUUGUAGUUUUGAUUAUCAAUUCUAGCUACACUGCGAGUCUGACCUCCAUGCUAACUGUGCAUCAACUUACUUCACAUGUCAAAGGAUUAGAGAGUUUGAUAGACAGUAGAGAACCAAUAGGAUACCAAGCAGGUUCAUUUUCUGUAAAUUAUUUGAAUGAGCAGCUGAAUGUUCCUAUGUCCCUUCUUGUCCCUCUUAACUCCGAGAAUGAGUAUGCUGAAGCCCUAACAAAGGGUCCCAAGAAUGGUGGGAUUGCUGCCAUUGUUUCUGAGAGGGCAUACAUGGAGCUCUUCCUUUCGUCUAGGUGUGAAUUCACCAUUGUUGGUCAAGAAUUCACCAAAAAUGGCUGGGGAUAUGCAUUUCCCCAAGACUCUCCAUUGGCGGUAGACAUGUCAACGGCCUUACUGAAGCUCUCAGAGAACGGCGACUUACAGAAGAUCCAUGACAAAUGGCUAAUAAGAAAAGCUUGCAGCACACAGGACACACAACUUGAAGUAAACAGGCUUGAGUUGAAAAGCUUCUGGGGGCUUUUCCUUGUCUGUGGCAUAGCCUGCUUAGUUGCCCUGAUUGUGUAUUUUGCACUUACAGUGAAGCAGUUCCUCCGCCAUCACACUCCCGAGGAGGAAGAAGAAGAACCCAGUGGCCAAAUUACAUCAAGGUCAAAGUCUUCUCGUAUUCAGACAUUUCUAUCAUUUAUGGAUGAGAAGGAAGAGGAAAUCAAGAAGCGGUUUAGGAAGAGGCAAACGGACAAGGGAUCGAGCAGGGGAAGUACUCCAUCAAAUAGAAGCAGCAAUAUUAUGGAAUUGUCAAUGGGGAGUGGAUCUAGGAUUAAUCAUAUGGAAUUUUCCCCUGCUCAAAACAAUCAAGUGUAGAUACAACAUACACAACACAACCGAUCAGUAAAAGGAAGUUGGGGUAAAUAUGUGCAUGUAACUUUCUUUACUGAAUUUCUAGCCUCUUUUUGCAGCUUUUUGAUCCUAACUGUAAUCAUAUAACUCAUAUACGUACUCAUGUUAACAUUCAGCAAAGUUAAACGCAGCAGUCCUAAUUAUGAUGAA